AAAAGUACAGUCCCAAUUCCCGAGACGAAGGAAAACCAAAAAUCCAGAAAAUGAAUUCGCGGGUUUUGGCGGGUUUAAUCUCAUCUCUAAUUUCUCAAAUUCUCAUACUCAUCUUCCUCAUUUUCCCUCCACCAAACCCUCUCUCGAUCACAAAUCCCAGUUCCUUUUCCUCCUCCGGUCAGAUUUUCCAACAAUCCAUUUCCCCCCUCCUCCGCCAUUUUCUCUCCGCCGCCGAUACAGCCGCCGUCGCCUCUCUCCUCUCAAUUUCACGAAAACGCAAGCGGGCCCACCCCACAGGACCCGACGACCCGGACAACGAUGACGACAGCAAUCCCGCGUCGCGACUCGGCCCGGCGGUCAGCCGGAACCCCGAGUCGUUUAGCCGAUUCUUCAGGAUGAAGGCUUCGACUUUCGAGUGGCUCUGCGGCCUCCUCGAACCGUUGCUCGACUGCCGCGACCCGGUUGGGUCGCCCCUCAAUUUGGCCCCGGAGACCCGCCUCGGAAUCGGCCUGUUCAGACUCGCAACCGGCGCCGAUUACGCCGAAAUCUCCACCCGUUUCGGAGUGUCCGAAGCUGUUUCCGAAUUCUGCGUCAGGCGCCUCUGCCGCGUGCUCUGCACCAAUUACCGGUUCUGGGUCGGGUUCCCAACUCACUCCGAGUUGGAUUCCGUGUCAACCCGGUUUGAAACCCUAACCGGCCUCCCCAAUUGCUGCGGUGUCAUAAGCUGCACUAGGUUCAACCUCAAAAGAGGUAACAACAACAACUCCGAUUCAAUCGCCACUCAAAUCGUGGUCGAUUCGUCGUCGAGAAUUCUCAGCAUAGUAGCCGGUUUUCGUGGCAAUAAAAACGAUCUACAAAUCUUGAAAUCCUCGACUUUGUACGAAGAUAUUGAAAACGGGGUCAUCUUGAAUUCAGAAAGGCCCGUAAUUGUGAACGGUGUGGAUGUACCUCGGUAUUUAAUCGGGAACGGGGAGUAUGAUUUGCUCCCUUGGUUAUUACUACCGUUUGUCGAUCCUCAAAUAGGAUCGGUUGAGGAGAAUUUCAACAAUGCGCAUCGUUUAACGUAUGUUUGUUGGUUGAAAGCCAAUGCGAGUUUGAGGAAUUGGGGUGUUUUGAAUAGACCGAUCGAAGCCGAUUAUAAGAUGGGAGUGGCUUGUAUUGGUUCGUGUUCGAUUUUACAUAAUAUGUUGAUUACGAGGGAGGAUUAUUCGGCCUUUUGUGACGAGUUUGAUGAUCGGAUAUUGGAUAGUAAUUUGAAUGUGUCUGGUUCGGAGGGGGGUUUAAUUGGAGAGAAGGCUUCUGUUAUACGAAAAGCGUUGGCUACAAGAGCGAAAAAAUAGAUGUUAUUCGAGUAGGUCGAUUUCAAGAAUGGCGAGUGGCUGGUUUCUUCGAUUUUUUAAGGAGGUAAAGUGGUAAAUAAAAUGAUCAUUUUUUUUUCUUCUCAGCACCAUUCAUGAAUUGAAUUACAGCGUGUAUACAUUGUGCUAUGCAAAUAAUCGAGAUGUUGUUUUGAUUGCUGAAAUGGUGAAUCGGGAAUUUAUAAUUCGAUUCGCCUUAUUGCUCGUCUAAUAAUUCACCAUUGAUGGAAUACACUAAUAUUGGCUAUAGCAUCCGAGUAAAUUUUUGGUCUUGCGAAAA